UUCAAAUUACAACUACAACAGUUACAUUCUGCGCUGUCACAUUCUUUGUUCAGUUCAUCACAUUAAUUAGAGUUCAUCUGUCUUCUCUUUUCUUCCACUUGCACAUUAAGCAAAACUGAGAGAUUUUUUAAACACAAUGCAGGAGGUAAGAAGAGUACGAGUAGGUAAUGUAUCAGAUCUGGCGGCGGAGAGAGAGGUUCACGAGUUCUUCUCCUUUUCCGGCGAGAUUGAGCAUAUUGAGAUUCACCGAGAAUCGAAGACUGCUUUUGUUACAUUUAAAGAUCCCAAAGCGCUUGAAAUUGCCUUGUUGUUGUCGGGAGCAACCAUAGUGGAUCAGAUUGUAACUAUUACUAAGGCAGAGGACUACGUGACUCGGGAAGUCAGGAUAGUUGAUAAUGCUGUGAAUGUGGCCGCAGAAAGUUCUUCUCCCCUUGCUGAGGCCAAACCUAAUUCUCCUAGCAAUGGAAGGGUGGACGGGAAAGUAUAUAUCACUAAAGCACAAGAUGUUGUCUCAAAUGUGUUGGCAAAAGGUUCAGCUAUCAGACAAGAAGCAAUGAAUAAAGCCAAGGCGUUUGAUGAGAAACACCAGUUAAGAGCCACUGCAUCUGCCAGAGUCAUUUCCUUUGACCGAAGAGUUGGGCUAACAGAAAAGCUUACGGUUGGAAUUUCAGUUGUAAAUGAGAAAGUUAAAUCUGUUGAUCAAAGGCUUCAAGUGUCAGAUAAAACGAUGGCUGCAGUUAUGGCAGCAGAACGGAAAUUGAAUGACACAGGAUCAGCAGUCAAAUCAAGCAGGUAUGUCAAUGCUGGAGCUGCCUGGCUGAAUGGUGCUUUUUCUAAAGUAGCUAAAGCAGGGCAAGUUGCUGGUACAAAAACGAGAGAAAAAUGGAGUUUUGCACUGUCAAAUUUGACAGCAAAGGAUCCUUCUAUUGUUGCCUAGAUCAUAUAUGUGAAUUUGUGUUGGAGUUGCUAAGUUGUCUCUGUCAAAUAGCUUGGGAUUCCAAUAACUAUUUCCGUUCAUCUAGGAAUUGGCCGGUAUGCAGAUUCCAGAUCGUCUAUGCCAAAUUCAAGCAAGUUUCCAUUUGUGAUGUAAUUCUUUUCAUUGGUUAAUUUCUUCCCAUCUUAGUGUGGAGUGGUGUGGUGAAAUACGACUAUACGAUGUUGUGUAAUUCUUUUAGUUUGUAAGCCUUUCAAGUCAUGAUAGGUUAGAAGCUUGUAUUGGAAUCAUAUCUUUCUUGGUGAGGUGAUGCCGAAGGUUAAUAGAAGCAAGCAAAAACCAGAGUUGAGCGUAAGUAAAAAAGAUUUCUGAUUUUGAUGCUUAUAUUAUAUUGACAUCCAGCA